UGAACAUCCAUAAGUAUACUUAUAAUCAUUUAUCGCUUUUGCACAACCUCGAGUUUUAGGAAAGUCACAUUGUCUUGUCAUUACAGUUUAUUUGCGCAGUAGGAUUGUACUAGUGUGGUAGAAAAGUUCUGAUACUUUCUCACGAUGUUCGCUGAUAUAUUUCUGGAGGUUUCGAGACCCUACAAAAUGACAGAGACUGCUAGUCAUUGUUCAAUCACAGAGGCUGUUUUACCUCCAUGUCGUAUAUGUGGGGAGAAAGCUUCAGGAUUUCAUUAUGGUGUUAAUACGUGUGAGGCAUGUAAGGGGUUUUUUCGGCGAAGUCUACAAAGAAAAGAAGAAUAUAAAUGCCCUGGAAUUGAAAAUUGUGAAAUUAGUCCAGGAAAGCGCAAUGCAUGUGCUUUUUGUCGAUUUAAGAAAUGUCUUUCUAUGGGAAUGUCAAAAGAAGCUAUUAAAACAGGACGCUACACCUUAGAGAAAAGAACUAAAGAUAUUCAAGAAGUAAAACGUUUGCAGAAAGCUGAACUUUCUCCACCUCUUGGCAACUCAGAUGAAGAUCUUGAAGAACUCAUUGCAAUCAUUACAAAAGCCCAUGACAUCUAUGGUCAGGAAUGUGUUUUUGAUGAAGAGGAAGUAAAAAGACGACAGCGAAUUUAUUAUGAAGAAUAUAAACUGAAAGAGUCUGUGUUUGGUGAGUUACCAGCAAUAUCAAAAGAGGAAUAUCAUUCAUUCUACCAUUCCACAGGCAUUGACUUAGAUAAUCGACUCCAUCUAAUGGAAGUGUAUGCCAAAUCAAUGGAAGAAAAUGUCCGGCGUUUUGUAAAUUUUUCUAAAUCAAUUCCAUGUUUCCAGAAUUUGACAAUAAGUGAUCAGAGCAGUCUCAUCAAAGCAUCUCGAUUUGAAUUUUGGUAUCUAGGCAAUUUUAAUAUGAUGAACCCAGUUUUAAAAGUCGCAAUGGGACAAAAUGGAGCUUGUUACCAUUUUGAAGAAAUAUCACGAAUAUGGGACCGAGACUUUUUAGAAGCAGUAUUUCAUUUUAGUGAAGGAUUACAGAAAUUACAUCUGGAUUGUGAUGAAAUUGGUUUGAUACAAGCUAUCAGUAUUAUGUCAGUUGAUAGGUGCACUCUUGAGGAACCAAAGAAAGUUGAAGAAAUUCAGCUGAAAUUAGUCAAUUGUCUCGAUUACUUUUUGACUCAAAGAGAUCCUACGAGUAAACAACGCCUUGCAAAGAUCUUUGAUCGUCUUAUGUCAUUGCGAACUCUUACGGAAUGGAAUGUUAAGCUCAUACAUUCAAUGAAAGUGGAAUGGGCUGUUUUUAGAGAAAAUCCGCUUCUUUAUGAAAUUAUGACAAUAUGACAUUGAUCUUCUAUUGCUAUUUUCUGACCGGAAGCUAAACCCUGUUUGAAAGCAGGUCUUAAAAUACUUUUUACCAGACAUUUAUUGAUAUUUUUAUCUAAAAUUUCAUUACCAAAAUUUCAACAUUUCUUUCAUAACAAAAAGACUUCAUUUUGCACUAAAAGAUAGUGUUUAUUUGAUACCAUGCAACUUAUAAGAAAUGUACUCAGUUGUAUGGAUUAUAUUUCAUUAUAAAUUUAUUUUGAAUGAUUUAUACUGGAUCAGAAAGUGUCUAACAAAUUCGAAAUAGGUUGCAUGCUUCCUAUUCUUCAAGUGAUAUGCAGUUAUAACAUAUGCAUGUAUGCAUGAUUGUUACUUUGUGUGUCUAUGUGUCUGAGAACAUAUACAUACUUUUGUAUAUGUGUGUGCGUGUAUCUGUUUUGUUUUUAAAUUUAAUUUAAAUGAAAAAAAUUUGAAUUUCUACAAAAUGAUGUAAAAGGGUUAAUACCUUUUGAUGGCUAAGUUAAUAUACUUUUUUUCUUUUUUUUUAAAAUCUGUUUUAAAAUCCAAGAUUUAGCCUUCAUGUUAAAGAUAAAAAGUAAUUAUAAGUCCUCAAAAUAUUUAGUGGAAGAAACUAAAUUGUGAUAUUAGAAAUAUUUCAUUGCAGAAUUUCAUUGGUUUUUUUUUUUUUUUUUUUCUUAAAUUUUUUCUUUGCUUCCAUAUCACAUGAGUGAUAUCACAUGAAUAAAAAAAAAUCACAACAAGCAUAUUUGACUACAAAGUACCAACUGCUGGCCGGCUCUUUUGGGGAGUGUGAUAACAAUAACCAUUGAAUUGUUUUAAUUUCAAAUCUGUGUGAUUCUCUACUUGUGGAUAUUUGAUGGUGUGAAUACACUGUUUACCAUUGAGUACUUGAAGAAUGGAACCAGAUAUGUGGUUCAUGAACCAAUAAUUGCUCAGUAUGUUCAAGACAUAACGUCAUAUAUUCUGUUGCCUUGUGAAGAUGGUUAUCUGGAUACAUUUGAAUCUGGAUCUUGUAUAUGGAAGAAGAAAAAGAAACUUUUUUUUUUUUUGAGAACUUAGUACACUGAAUAUUACUUAAUAACUUGACAGUAAUUUUGCAGGCCUAAAUUUAACGACUUACUGUUCUGUUAAGAUGUAUAUGUCUAUAUUUUUUUGUUAUAACACACAUAGUUUGUUGGCAUAUAUAUAUUAUUUGCAUGGAGCUAAAUCAAACUGUUUUAUAUGAUAAUAUAUGUAACUCCUAUGUCAAGAAUCAUCCUAUGUCGAGUGUCAUUUUCCUUCAUUUGUCCACUUCCUCAUGUAUGUGUGUGCAUAUAUAAUAUAUAUAUAUGUGUGUGUGUGUGUUAGGAAUAUUUUUAUGUAUUAAGAUAAAGAAAAGAGACUUGGUUCCAUUCCAGUUGAUUAUAUUAAAUUAAUUAGCUUCUAGUCUGAAAUUGAAGUGGUUACAAAAUGGACUAAUUAGCGUAGGAAUUAGUUCUUUUUAAUGGAGUUCAUGAUUUAAGCUUUGUGGAUUUUUUUUUUUUUUUCCGACUUAUGGUGGUGCUAUUGUCUUUAAGAAAAGUGUAAAAGUUUCCAUUUUCUUCCACAUCAUCAAUUCAUGUGAAAUUUAUUAAAAUAUAUAUAUAUUAUUGAAAUUUUAUUAAGGCUAUUUAAAAACUUCAUUUAUUACCAGUGCUCAAGUUUGUAGCCAACCCUUGUCAACUCUAUAGAUUUAAUUUACUUCUUGUGUUAAAUUCAUAAAAAUAUUUCCUACAUUUUCCAACUAAUUUAAGCUUUUUUCUUAUUUUAGUCCUUUUUCUGAAUAUUUUACAUAAGAUUAAAUAGAAAGAAAAUUUGCAUACAUUUCAAAAAGAAAGUCAUUAACACACAUACGUCCUUUCUCUCUCUAUACACUCUCACACAUACACACACCAUCAAAUUUUUGGAGUCAGAUAAGUGGUGUAACAGUUAAAAUAAGUUUUACUUCAUGAAAAAAGUAUCAUAAAUGUUUCAUGUGUCUUUGAAUUUUUUGUGUGUGUUUGGGAUUUUUUUUUUUUUUUGUGAAGAACUACAUAUGCUGAGAUAUUAAAAUAUAUUCUCAUUUCUAUAAAUUUGAAAUUAAUUAUUACAAAUGAACACCAAAUUGGAAAUAUAUUUUUAAGAUUUGUUAUCAGUUACCAAUUCAAAGAACUGAGUGCACAUUUCAUACAUUACCUGCAUUUUUACUUUAAUUCUUGUGGUUGGAAUGCUUAGUCCUUUUGUAAUUUUUUUUUUUUUUUGUUUGCCUUCUUUUUAAAGUCAUCUUUUACAUUAUUCUAUGUUUAAAAAAAAAGUUAUAUAAAUGAAUUUCAACAUUUAAUAUUAUGGUCAUUUAAAAAGACUAUAUAAUUAAAAAAUAGUCAAAAAGUGUGUAUAUAUAUAUAUAUGUGUGUGUGUGUGUGUGUGUGUAACAAUUUAUAAAACUGGUGCUGAUAAGUAACUGAAACUGUUGCUUUGUGAAAUUUUAUUUGUAAAGAAAAAAAAGACAUCACUAGAUACCCUGUGAAUAUUAAAGUAAAUCAAACUGAACUAAAUUUGAAUGAGUUUUGACAAAAGUCAAUUGGUACAUAUAUUUUUCUUACACAUGAAAUGCUGGGUUCUUUAUUCUCUAGAAUUUUAUACGCUUAAUUCUAACAUUUCAUCUUGCUGAGAUAUGUAGAUAUUGUGCCUUAUCCAAACGCUGGUUAUGAAGCCUAAGUUUUUUUUU